AUGAUGCGCCCCAAGCCCUCGUCUUCGCUGCAGAAGACAUACGACGAGUGUUAUCUAUCGUGUUCAACCGCGGUCUACUUUGAGGGCCAGAACAACGAAGAGGAAGCGCUGCGAUCGUGGCGAGCCGCUCUCGAGACCAUCUACCAUCACAAUGCGCGCCGUGUGUCGACGACCUACACCCCCAAGUCCGAGACUGAAAAAGCCCUGCAAGACUCUAUUCGCAAACUAGAGAUCCAAUGCCGAGAACGAGUCGAUCUGCUCGGCGCCCUUCGCGAAAGCAGAAAAGAAGCACCCAACAACAACUCCAACAAAGAAUCAGGGUCCGCUCAGUUGAAAAAGUCCACCGUGAGCCCUUCUCCCUCUUUCUCCAACCACAACAACCCCGGCUGGAUCGGCGACGGUACCAUCCCCGCCGUCGGCUACACCGAUCUCUCCAAACCGGCCGCUAUUCCUGGCCACCCGUGGCCGAAACAGCCCACCCCCGACGAAGACACCCCUCCUCCGACAGCAAUGCCGUCCGGUAGCUCACCCGCACUACGGAUGAACUCCAAUUCGUCCGGCAAAUCCAAAUCGCGCGGCUCCAGUCCCGAGCGGCGCAUGCUGACGACGCUGCGCAGUGGCGACGGCAAGAAAAGUGCGAAGAAGACACCCAGACGCAAGGAAACGAGACAGGCUGCUUCGAAAGCGGCGGGGCUGGCUUGGGGCCAUAUCUAUCGGCCCGCCUCGAGUGAGAAAACUGUUAGUGAUGCGGCGUUGGCUUCGUCACGACGGAGCGCCGCACAAAGCCCCAGUUUCCGCCGCGAGGCAGAUCCAAAGUACAGUUCGGCAGAUGAACUUUCCCACUCAUCCCACAAGACUGUGCCUGUGGCUUCGGCGACCGACCGUAUCCCGGCUGCUAAUUGGCGAGAACCUCGUUCUUCGCCUGGCCUGACAUCGUCGCCACGCCGGCAGCCUGUUCAGUCAUCUCCUCGCAGACCCCAGGUUCAGUCUUCUGCCCGCAGACCUCCUCCUCCUCCUCCCCCUCAUGCAUCCUCUUUGUCAAUGCCAAACCCAGAUGAUUUCACUCCCCCCAACUCCUCCGCAGGGCCACCGAGACCUUCUGUGAAACCGAAACCUGUAGGGUUGAGGACUUCACUUCCACCACCGGGCGCAGUAGCACAGACCUCUAGGUCUGAGAGCAAUUCUCGGCCCUUGACGCCUCGACUGGAUCGCGAGGCCAAUCUUUCGAGCAGCCAGCCACGGACGAAAUCCGCACCUCGGUCUGCUAAUGUCGGUCAAUCAGCGCAUCCCUCACACUCAUCGGGCAGCGGGGAUGACCUUCGGCGGGGAGUUGAGCGCAUGACGGUUUCGACUGGGAAUGGCAACGGCGUGCCUCGGCGCAAGCCACCUCCAAUCAAGCGUCGUGAGACACCGUCGUCCAGCGACCAAGAUUCAUGGGCCAAGCGGUCGUCGGAGAGUGAGGCAGAGGACGGAGAGGAUGAAGACGAGAACAACGAUAUCACGAAGAUCGUUCAGAAACUACCCAAAGGUGUCGACCUGCCAUCCGCACGGCAGAUCCUGAACGACAUCGUUGUGCGCGGAGACGAAGUGCACUGGGACGAUAUUGCCGGCCUGGAGGGUGCCAAAAAGGCCCUCAAAGAGGCAGUCGUCUACCCAUUCCUUCGACCCGAUCUCUUCUCGGGUCUUCGCGAGCCCGCUCGGGGUAUGCUACUCUUCGGUCCUCCCGGGACCGGCAAGACCAUGCUUGCGCGUGCCGUAGCCACCGAGUCCAAAUCAACCUUCUUUUCCGUCUCCUCAUCAACCCUCACAUCGAAAUGGCACGGCGAAAGCGAAAAGCUCGUGCGUGCACUCUUCGGCCUCGCCAAAGUCCUUGCCCCAUCCAUCAUCUUCGUCGACGAGAUUGAUUCCUUGCUGUCUGCACGGUCAUCCGGUUCCGAGCAUGAAGCAUCCCGCCGCUCUAAGACCGAGUUUCUGAUUCAAUGGUCCGACCUCCAACGCGCCGCAGCAGGUCGCGAGCAAUCCGCCCGCGAGAAGAAAGAAGGCGACGCCAGUCGUGUCCUGGUACUGGCUGCGACCAAUAUGCCAUGGGACAUCGACGAGGCAGCCCGCCGCCGUUUCGUGCGGAGACAGUACAUCCCACUGCCGGAGCAACACGUCCGCGAGCAGCAGCUGCGCAAGCUUCUAGGUCACCAGCACCAGGAGCUAAGCGACGAUGAUAUCCAGGUGCUGGUCCAGGUUACUGACGGCUUCUCCGGCUCUGACAUCACAGCCCUCGCCAAAGACGCCGCCAUGGGCCCCCUCCGGAAUUUAGGCGAGGCCCUCCUACACACACCCAUGGACCAGAUCCGGCCAAUUAAGUUCCAGGACUUCGAAGCGAGUCUCUACUCUAUCCGGCCCAGCGUGUCUCCGGAUGGAUUGCGGAGGUAUGAAGAGUGGGCGCGGGAGUUUGGUGAACGAGGUGGAUAG